GGCAAUUGUGGUCGUCUCUUUAUACAUACCAAGAAUUGACCGACCAAAUCCCAAGCCCGUCACACCCAAGCCAGCAACCUCACCUACCAAUCCAAUAGCAUCACACUAAACAAACCAUGGCCGAGAUAGACAACACCAAGGACCUGACAAAGUUCAAGGCCCUAAGCUUCGACUGCUACGGCACCCUGAUAGAGUGGGAGCCCGGCCUGACCCAGGCCCUCAAGCCCGUCACGUCUAAGCUCCCAGCCGACCACCCAUUCGCAAAGGACCCCAGCCUCGCCCUGCAGCGCUUCGACGAGCUCGCCAGCGAGCUCGAGGCCUCGCAGCCCGGGAUGCGGUACGACGUCAUCCUCACCACGGCGCUGCAGAGGCUCGCGGCCGGCGCGGGCCUGCCCGACGGCUCGCUGUCGCGGGACGACCUGGCCGCCAUGGCGACGGGGCCGGGCCGCUGGCCCGCGUUCGCGGACACGAUCGAGGGCCUGCGGACGCUCAAGAGGCACUACAAGCUCAUCAUCCUGUCCAACGUCGACAACGCCAACAUCGGGGCCACCACGGGGGCCGGGGGCCCGCUCGGCGCGGUCCCCUUCGACGCGACCUACACGGCCGAGGAGAUCGGGAGCUACAAGCCCGCGCGGGAGAACUUCGAGUACCUGUUCCGGCGGGCGGGGGAGGAGCUCGGGGUCCGGGGCGCGGGGAGGCCCGGCGGCGAGGGCGGGGAGCUGCUGCACGUCGCGCGGAGCCUGCGGGUCGACCACGCCGCGGCCAAGGCGCUGGGGUUCAGCAGCUGUUGGAUCUCGCGGGGCGGGGAGAGGAGGGAGGCGCAGGGGAUCGGGGGGGACUACGAGGCGAUGGUGAGGGGGGGCGAGGUCAGCUUCCAGUGGAGGUUUGAUACGAUUGGGGACUUUGCGAGGGAGGUUGCGAGGCAGUUUGGGGAUGAGUAG